AGUUAUCCAUUUAUAUAGUAAUGAGGACUGAAAUACACACACAAAACAAUGGUUACAAUUCAGACCACCUCUUCUACCUGUAACCAGUUUGGUACUGCUCCUUCUUGUCUUUUCACUGUCUUCUGCUCCAUGUCGUCUAACUCCUAGAACAAACAUGACAGGUGUCAACUCCAAGUGUUGCUUCUCCGGAUGGUCUGAAGAACUCCUUUUCAAAAAGUCACUUCCAAUAGAUGUUUCUUGUCUGUCAUUUUCAAUGGGUGUUUCCAAGAUGUGUGAUAUUCUAACCCUAUCGUAUGUGGGCAACCUCUUUACAUCUAUAUUGUCCACGUGCAGCAAGUUUUCUUUUGAAAGGCUGGGGGGAAUGUUGACAGCAGUGUUUUCAUAUCAUACACACAGGCCUUCUAAAAAUGACCAGGAAAUCUUCCCAGAAGGGGGUGGGCAUUUCUAGUUAGCCAAGUGGGGAAUAUUACUUCCCCAUCUCUCUCUUUGGUACCAGCUCAUGGCCUGCCAGCCAUUCCACCCAUCCUCGAGCUGGGCACCUUCACCUUUCAGGGUGGGUGAGGCCUUUAUUUUUCCUCACCACAAGAAGGGGCAGUCUCCUCCAACUGGGACACAGCAGUCGCUCUGGGACUACGGUCUGGCUUACAUGGAAAGCCAGACUAAAUAACCUGGCACACCUCUCAAACUUGUGUCUCUGUAGGUUCUUUCUAAAUAGUGUCAAUUUUCAAAACAAACAAAAGGGAUUGGCAAGUUAAAUAUUCUCUUUCCAGUAAAAUAAGGCGGUGGGAAAUUGGAAGAGAGAUCUGGGCUCUAUAGCCUAGUGACGGUUUCCACACUAAAUGAAAUAAGAUUCAGAAAAAUGCGGGAGAUGCCACCCAAGUUGCUUGCCCUGUGCAGAAGGGACAUUUCCUGCCCGAUCUUAGCUCAGAAGCUGACAGAGAUGACGACAUGGAAGAAACCUGCAAACCGUGAGAGGGAAGCUCAGCUCCAUGACAGCUGAGUGGUUGAAACAUGGGGCAGAGCAACGAUUGCUCUCUCGGUUCCAUUUUUGGUGCAUUCAGCUCAGAUGAGGUUUGCAGCACGUGGAUGGGAUCGUUAACCAUGCUCUGCAAUACAUCACCGGUCUGUUUCCCCUGGCAAGGAGAAUCCUCUUGUGACUGCAUCAUUUUCCCACAGGAUCUUAAGGAUUGAACGUUUGGAUUCAUCCAGCUUGCCCAACCCAGUGAAUCCGUAACUGACCGGUCUCUGAGACGGAGUUGCAAAGCUGGAAGUCACCUCCACCCGCGUUCAGCGGUCCUCUCUGAGAAGUUUCGUGGUGGCGAUGGAUGGGAGCCAAAGAAGAGACGACAAGUCAGGCAGAGAGGGCAAGAGGGGAGCGGAGCCUGGAAGGACGGUGGACUCCAGCCAGCGGGCACCCGGGCUGCAGCUGCAGGAGGUGGGGCUGAGGGAGGAGGCGCCCGGAUCGCAUUGGCCAAUCCGACGCCCCACCUCGCUCGCUGGGGCCGCCGCACCCAGAAAAGUGGCCGAGGUUCCGAGCGACUGGCAGUGGCCCUUCCGCGACAGAGAGAAAUGGCUGAGUAUCUGCGGCUGCCCCAGUCCCUGGCGCUGAUCCGCCUCCGAAACCCGCCUGUCAAUGCCAUCAGUGUGGCUGUACUCAAUGGAAUACAAGAAGGACUACAGAAAGCUGUAUCAGACAACACAAUAAAAGGCAUUGUGAUUUCUGGAGCAAAUGACACCUUCUCUGCAGGUGCAGACAUCCAUGGCUUCAGUGCACCUAAAAUCUCCGGCCCCGCAUUGGGAUCCAUAGUAGAUGAAAUACAGAGAUAUAGGAAGCCUGUGGUGGCGGCGAUCCAAGGCGUGGCCUUAGGAGGUGGACUGGAGCUGGCUUUGGGCUGUCACUACAGGGUCGCACACGCAGAGGCUCGAGUUGGUUUCCCAGAAGUCCUGAUAGGGAUUCUCCCUGGUGCAAGAGGAACCCAGCUCCUCCCCAGAGUCACUGGAGUCCCGGCUGCUCUUGACUUAAUUACUUCAGGACGGCAUGUUUUGGCAGGUGAAGCAUUCAAGUUGGGUAUUCUGGAUGAAGUUGUCAACUCAGACCCAGUUGAAGAAGCAAUCAAAUUCACUCAGAGAAUUUUAAAUCAACCUCUAGAACCUCGCAGAAUCUUCAACAGGCCAGUUCCCAGCUUGCCCAACAUGGACGCCAUUUUCAGUGAAGCCUUUGAGAAGAUGCGGAAGCGGUACCCCGGGUACCUUGCUCCGGAGACCUGUGUCCGUUCAGUCCAGGCCUCCGUGAAGUACCCUUAUGAAGAAGGCAUCAAGAAAGAGAGAGAUCUGUUUCUGUACCUGCAGCAAUCCGGGCAGGCCAGAGCCCUGCAGUAUGCUUUCUUUGCUGAGAAAAAUGCAGCCAAGUGGUCAACGCCAUCUGGAGCGUCCUGGAAAACAGCUACUGCACGACCCGUCUCCUCAGUUGGUGUUCUCGGCUUGGGAACAAUGGGCCGAGGCAUUGCCAUUUCUUUUGCAAGGGUCGGGAUCCCUGUGAUUGCUGUGGAAUCAGACCAAAAGCAGCUAGCAGCUGCACAGAAGAUAGUAACUUCCAUCCUGGAGAAAGAAACAUCCAAAAGCAUGCAACAGAGUGGGCAGCACAGGUCAGGACCAAAACCUAGGUUCAGUUCAUCUAUAAAGGACCUUGCCAGUGUCGAUUUAGUCAUUGAAGCAGUCUUUGAGGACAUGAACCUGAAGAAGCAGGUCUUUGCUGAACUGUCAGCUGUGUGCAAGCCAGAAGCUUUUCUGUGCACCAACACUUCAGCUCUGGAUGUGGAUGAGAUCGCUGCUUCCACCAAUCGCCCUCAGCUGGUCAUUGGCACUCACUUCUUCUCCCCAGCUCAUGUCAUGAAGUUGUUAGAGGUUAUUCCCAGCCAACGCUCUUCCCCUACUACCAUUGCCACUGUUAUGAACCUAGCGAGGAAGAUUAAAAAGAUUGCUGUAGUUGUAGGCAACUGUUAUGGAUUUGUUGGGAAUCGAAUGUUGAAACGUUAUUAUGACCAGACUUAUUUCUUGUUAGAAGAUGGCAGUAAACCAGAGGACAUAGACCAGGUACUGGAAGAGUUUGGUUUCAAAAUGGGGCCUUUUCGAGUGUCUGACCUCGCUGGCUUAGAUGUGGGCUGGAAAGUUCGCAAGGGGCAGGGUCUCACUGGGCCUAUGCUGCCUUCAGGCACUCCUACCCGAAAGCGAGGCAAUGCAAGAUACAGCCCCAUUCCUGAUAUGCUCUGUGAAUCAGGACGGUUUGGCCAGAAGACUGGUCAGGGUUGGUAUCAGUAUGACAAGCCACUGGGUAGGAUUCACAAACCUGACCCCUGGCUUUCCAAAUUCCUGUCAGAGUACAGAGAAACCCAUCACAUCAAACCACGUGUCAUUGGGCAGAAUGAGAUCCUGGAGCGCUGCUUGUAUGCACUUAUCAAUGAAGCCUUCUGUAUCUUGGGAGAAGGGAUGGCUGCUAGCCCAGAGCACAUUGAUGUGAUCUACUUGCAUGGGUAUGGCUGGCCGCGACACAAGGGCGGGCCCAUGUUCUAUGCCUCCACAGUUGGGCUGCCCACAGUUCUAGAGAAGUUACAGAAGUAUUACCAGCAGAAUCCUGAUAUUCCCCAACUGGAGCCCUGCAACUAUCUAAAAAAGCUGGCUUCCCAGGGAAACCCUCCUCUGAAAGAAUGGCAGAGCUUGGCAGGGCCUCCUAGCAGUAAAUUGUGAUUCAGCCUUCUAAGUUGGGCUUCCAUGCUGGCCAAAACAAAAAAAUCCCAACUCACUGAGUUUCAGUGAAAUUAAAACCUGAAGUACAAAGUAAGAUCAUUCUGCAAUACAAAACAAAAGAAAUAAUCAGUCAAACUUUAGUUGAAACUGCUUGAUGAUUCUAAUCUUAGAAUAUGCUUCCUAUUCCUCUGAAUCUGUCCCUAUUAUUAAAUUCAAUGAAUUCACAGUGUUAAUAUAAUACUGUGCUAUCUGAUGAGAGAGCCUCAGGAAUAAGUUCCCAAGGGCGUUGAUCACUGGAGAAAUAUGCCAUCCAUUCAUAACUGAGAAAUGCAUCUAAGUCAUGAGCUCGUUUGGGCCCCUUACCCUCACUUAUGCAGUGUGGAUGGAAGUCUUAUGAGUCAUAUGUUCACAAGCAUUUACUGAGUCUCUCCUGAACAUCUCUGACCACCAAAGAACACCUAGCAGACCUAGAGUCCGGUGGGGGAAUUAAACCAACAUGGCAACCUGUGUUGGAGUUCAGUCCAAAAUCUUGAAGGUGGCACAGAGAAGUUUGGAGGGGCAGAUUCAGCAGUGACAGUCUCUAUGUGUAGGCAAAGAAAGCUGAGACAGGCAGAGGUAGUAACCUGGCAGAGGUGAAAUGCAGGCAGGAGCAAAAAAUGUCAGACCAGAAUGCGGAACCGGAGAGUACCUGGGCAGGUCACGCUCAGCAUAAAACUUCUGUCCAAGGUCCAAUCUCAUGAGUGUAGUCAUUCCUGAUGCUUGCAGUGGGCUUAGUGAUGUUUGAUCAUUUCCCCAAGAUAGGCAAUCCCCAGCCCCUAGUCCUUAUUUUUCUAUUCAAAGUGAGGCAACAGAGGCAGUAAGCUGUUAACUUGGUGUAAAAAGGGAUCUUAGGGAACAUGUAGUCUUCAGAGAUUUCUUAAUUUUUGACAAUGUGAUGAUGCCAGUUUCCCUGUCAGGAUAAGCCUUUCUGAUAUUGUCUAUGGAAACGCAUACAUCUUAAAACAUCUAAAAUGACUCCAAAAUGAAUUUUGUAAAAUUUCAUUGUAACUAUAAGAGUUCUUCUAUUUGACCUUUUGCCUUAUAUGGUUAAAAGUUAAGGGCAUGAUCAACACAAAAACAUGUACAGAAAUGUUGAUAACAGAAUUCUUCAUAAUAGCCCAAAACUAGAAACAACCAAAUGUCCAUUAACUGAUGAGUGGGUAAACUAAAUUAGGUAUAUGCAUGCAAUGGACUAUUAUUCAGCCAUAAAAAGAGGACAAAGCACUGACACAUGUUACAACGUUAUGCUAGAAAAACAUUAUGCUAAGUGGAAUUGGCUAUCCACAAAAGGCCACAUAUUUUAUGACCGUCUAUAUACAACGUCCAGAAAAAGUAAAUCUACAGAACCAGAGGAUAAUCUGGUGGCUUAAGAAGUUGAAAUUAUAGAGGGUAAAGAAAGGGAAGCAACAGCUAAUGAGUAAAGAAUUUAUUUUGGAUUUAUUGAAAAUAUUCUAAAAAAAAA